GAUCCAGGGGAGGAAGCUGAGCCUGUCGUUUUCAGACGGCCUGGAGUGGAUGAUCUGGAGUUGAAGGGUUGGAAGAAAGUUUAUCGCAAGGAUCCGGCGACGGAGGUGGUUGAUGAAAUUUUUAUCGGUCCGAAUGGACAAGUCUGUCCAGACCUUUUGGCUGCCUUUGAAGAAUACCAAGGACGUGAGAGGAAGAAUGCCGGACAGGCGCUGAGUUAUGUGCAGGAACUCCUCAAACUUCAUGCUGUCACCGAGAUCGUUGUUCCGACUGCCACGGACGCCAGCGUUGCGACGAAUCUGCAGUCUCUCCAAGCAGAUGGCCAAGAGGUAGCCGUGAAGACCACGAGCAACGUGGAAGCCAAACGUUUGGCUGUGACAUCAUCCAGUCUGGAAGACUAUCUGUUUCGUGGCGAUCAUCCUUUGCUGGCAGGCAUGAGUUGGGCUACGUAUGGCACCUGGGUCUAUCGUGUGGAGUUGGCGCGGGGCGCAGACAAGUCGGUGAAGUCGGCUAUACCUCGGUUUGUGGACAUCUAUUUCGAUGCCUCGUACAAGCUUUGUAACAGCCAUGCGCAGCGGAUCGCCAGUGAACCGCGUGUGCCCAUGUUUGAAGGCUUCACUAUGCCGCCGCUGACGCACGACAGCGAGCGGAACGCCAUGUACAAGCAGGUGCAGUGCCGACCAGUGGGAGUGCAUCUGGUGAAAGAGGUCGAUAUUCAACACACGGAGGAAGAGUUGGUGCUGAAUGCGUUUAAGAUAUUUUCCACACCUGCAGCUGACACUGGCGAUGUUCGUCUGGAUCGAUCUCGACAGGCGCACACGGCUUUUACCAAAUCCUUCUUGGAGUGGAAGUGUGGCAUGGAGAAAGAAGCUCAACUGGCCAGGCAUCGGUUUGCGGAAAGAUAUGAAUAUCCGAGCCUGUGGGAGACCCAAGAAAUGAUCACAGAACUGGAAAGCCGAUAUUCGAGGUAUCUGGAUGCUGAAACAUUGCCACCGACAGAACAGGAUUUUGAUCUCGGGAAGCCGCGGUGCACUGUUUCUAUGUACUCGUCGCUUCUGGCACAACAGCGGAUUGCAAAUCUUGAAGGACUUGCGCGCGCCAGACAACACAAACCGAAACGUAGAAGAGACGAAGAUGCUCAUUUGCACGAGGAGUAUGUGAAGAUGCACACGCUUGGAGGAGCUGAUGAUGUCGGCGCGGAUGGCGACAACGAUGAAAAUCUAGAGGCCUUGGUAGAAGAGACAAGUGUUGUGAAAAAGGAAGUCUUCCCGCCGAUUGGUUUGCGCCUCACUGCAGAGGAACAGAAACAGCUGUUGCGCUUUGAUCUGCAAGGUCGUAAGAAUGACUAUGUGAAAACAUUUCUGCAGGAAACCUGGAUGAGAGACGAUGUGUUUGAGGAUGUCCGGCAAGAUCUCUAUUGGAGUGUCAGAGAGACCAAACCAGGGGAAGAGGAAGAAGAUAUUGAAGCCCAGACAGAUGAGCCGGACGAAGUGGUGCGUUUGCGUACUCUCCGCCUCUUACUGCCUUUGUUACCACGAGAUUGCGCGCGUUUCACGGAUCAGAAGGUCUAUGCGACACCAUCUGCCAUGCUGUCGGACAUGGUGGCAAAUCUACCCAUCACGGGCAGAUUGAACGAGGAUCAGAUGCUCUUUGUGUUACGAUUUGGAGAUAUUUUAGACACUGUGUGGAAAGAAGAACAAGAGUUACCACCUGAACGGAGAUCUGUGUAUCACAUGUUGUUGCUGGGACAGGGCGGAUCAGGCAAAACUCAUGUUGUGCAAAAUUUGAUUUUUCCGGUUGCGCAUUUCAUCUGGCCGCCAAGCAAAGAGGAGGAGUCUUUGAUGGUCGUGGCGGCCAAAAACUCGCAAGCCAAAAACAUUUCCACAGAAGGAAUCAGGAUCUGGCUCCAGGCAAGAAGGAAAAAGGCUUUGGAGAAAACCUGGAAGAAUGUUCGUGUCUUGAUCAUCGAAGAGAUCAGCAUGGUGUCGGCUUUGCUCUACAAUAUGCUGGAUUUUCGUGCCAUGUGUGGUCGCCGGCUCCCCUCCAAGGUGGACCGAGACACUUACAUGAAAGUGGGUUGUGCUUUCGGGCGGGCGCCCAUCGUCGUUCACCUGGGUGACUUUUUCCAACUGCGUCCGACUGGUCAGAUAUCAUUGAUUGAAGAUCUGAAUCGCCGAGAUGAAGAGGGCCAGUAUGUCCAUAAAGAGGUCCCUGGCGUGGAGGUGCAGCACGCGCAAAAACUUGUCUCUGAAAUCCCGGAUGUGUAUGAGCUACGCGGCACCAUGCGCUUUAAGCCGCAGGAUCCGCUCAUCGAGAUCUUGCAACGCAUGCGGCUUGGCCACACACUGCCGGAUAGGCUCUGGGCUCAGUUCCAGGAGCGUGUGGUACGAGACGAAGCUCCCGGCGUUGCUGAUGCUCGCUUGGAAUCGGAGAACUUUCGGUCGGGGUACUGUAUGUCGAUCUACUGGGCAUCCUUGAUUCGCAUGAUGUAUCGUCGCACCAUCUUACAGGCGAGCCGAUGCAAUCAGACACUGGUCUUUUUGCAAGCUGCUGAUACUUGUAUGGGCAUGAAUCAUGAGACUGGCCUUCGAUUUUUGAAUCAGCCGAACCCGUACAACACUGGUUUGAUUCAUGGCAUUUUGCCUUGCUUUGUUGGCAUGGAAAUUCGUUUGUUGGCGCGUGUGGAUGCCGACCAAGGGCUGGUGCAAGAUACUGUGGCAACCAUUAUGGAUUUUGGGUUUCAUGAUGCCGAUCGAGCAAGAUAUUUGAAGACUCCGGCAGGAGAAAUGUUUACGCCCAGAUAUGUACCAUCUGGAUUGUUGGUGAGCAUCCAAGGAUAUCAAGGAUGCAGUGGGUGGGAAAGCUUUAUGCCGCUGUGCGUGAAGCAUACGAAUAGUCCGGAGCAGGCGGAGAAGUUGGCUCGUUCUUUCUAUUGGUUUGAAGCAGAAGAAGUGGUCGUGAGCUACAGUGGGCUACAAAUCCGCAGAUGUGGUUUUCGC